UAUUGAUUCAUUUAUUGUUUGUAAAGUUAGCACUCGACCUCCAACUCGCUUGUUGCUGGUUUGUUUUAUUUUGAAACUCCUACACGGAUGUGUGUGUGUUCCUCCUCGCCGGCUUGACACCGGUGAGCUCCUGCUGCCGAGUCCCACCGGACACCAGAGGAUCCUGUUCAGAGGCAGCGUGCAGCAGCAGCAGCCAGGAUGAUCCCAGUGGGUGAAUUCAGAAACCUCGGCUCAGAGCAGAACCAAAAGUUUCGUGUCCUGAAGCCGUGGUGGGACGUUUUCUCAGAGUACCUGUGCAUUGCUAUGCUUAUGAUUGGAGUCUUUGGGUGCACCUUGCAGCUCACCCAGGACAAGAUUACCUGCCUGCCCAGCCACUUCACCAGCCCGACGCCUGAAGCAAUCGACUGCGGCUACAUCCGUAACUACAGGGAGAACGAGACACUGCUGGUCAAACCUCCGGAGAACCCCAUAAUCCGGGAGGUGGUCGGUCGCAAGAACAACCUGGACAUCCACCAGUACGUGUUUGUCAACUACUACUGCUACGAGAGGUUCGUCCACUGGUAUGCGAAGUACUUCCCGUACCUGGUUGUGAUCCACACUAUGAUCUUCAUGGUAGCGAGCAGCUUCUGGUUUAAGUUCCCCGGUACGUCUUCUAAAAUUGACCUUUUUGUCACGAUCCUCGGGAAGUGCUUCGAUUCACCGUGGACCACGAGGGCCCUGAGCGAGGUUUCUGAGGAAAGAGGAGAGGAGAAACUGGUCAGCUGGAGGAGGAACACCAUGACGAGAGAUCGUAUAGACGAGGAGGAGACUACGGGACUUCUUCUUCGCUCCUCGUCCGUCAAGUCUAAUCCAGAAAAAAAAAGUCCGGAGCCUCAGCCGUCGCUUUCCGCCUUGGAUAAGAAGGAAGGCGAGCAGGCCAAAGCUCUGUUUGAAAAGGUGAAGAAGUUCAGAACUCAUGUGGAGGAAGCAGACCUCCUGUACGUCAUGUACGUGCUCCAAACGUCGCUGAAAGUCUUCAAGUUCCUGUUAAUCAUCAUCUACACUGCUGUGCUGGUGCCGAACAUCGAGGUGGUCGUGCGGUGCUACGUUCCUCCUGAGCUGACGGGUUUUGAUAUCUACUGCUGCAACCACAACAAAGCCCAUCUCUUCUCCAAGCUCGCCUACUGCUACAUCUGCUUUGUGGGAGUCUAUGGACUUCUGUGCAUCUACACCCUCUACUGGCUGUUCCACAGACCUCUGAAGGAGUACUCCUUCGAGCAGGUCAGGCUGGAGACGGGUAUUAACGACAUACCGGACGUGAAAAAUGACUUUGCGUUCCUGCUGCACCUUGUGGACCAGUACGAUGCUCUUUACUCUAAGAGAUUCGCCGUCUUUCUCUCUGAGGUCAGCGAGAGCCGCCUCCAUCAGCUCAACCUCAACCACGAGUGGACCGCCAAAAAGCUGCGCGCCCGCCUCGCCAAGAACGCCAGUAACCGGCUGGAGCUCCACCUGUCGAUGUUGCCGGGGCUCCCCGACACGGUCUUUGAGAUUCCUGAAGUGGAGUCGCUCAAACUGGAGCAGGUUAAAAACGUCACCAUCCCGGCUAGUGUGGCGAAGCUGGACUCUCUUCUGGAGUUAUCGCUGGUCUACUGUCCUACGAAGCUCCAGCUGCCUGCUCUGAACUACCUCAAGGUGAAUUUGAAGGUCCUGCGUCUCGCUUUUGAAAGCUUAGAAGAGGUCCCCAUGUGGAUGUACGCCUUGCACGGCCUGGAUGAGUUACAUCUGGAUGGUCCUUUAACCAACGAGGUGUCCAGAAGUGCCACUCUGGACUCCUUUCGAGAGCUCAGAGCUCUGAGAGUCCUCACUCUCCACUCCAACCUUACCAAGAUCCCACCCAGCGUGGUGGACGUUGCCCUGCAGCUGCAGCGGUUGUGCAUCUAUAACGAAGGUGUCAAGCUCCAAGCCUUCAGCAGCCUGAAGAAGCUAACCAACCUGGUUUCGCUGGAGUUAGUUGGCUGCGAGUUGGAGCGCAUCCCGAGCGCCGUCUUCAGUCUGAACAACCUGCAGGAGUUGGACCUGAAGGAAAACAAACUCACCACGGUGGAGGAGAUCCUGAGCUUACAGCACUGCCGGCGUUUAGUGACGCUGCGACUGUGGCACAACAGAAUCACCUACAUCCCCGAUCACAUGAGCAAGCUGCACAGCCUGGAGACGCUGGACGUCAGCUGGAACAAGAUACGGAAGCUUCCCUCUCGGAUGUUUUAUUGCACUAAACUCAGACACCUCGACGUCUCCCACAAUCAGCUCACCUCGAUUUCUUCCGAGGUCGGCAUCCUGCAGGGCCUCCAGUUCUUCUCCGCCGCUUUCAACACUUUGGAGGCGCUGCCGGAGGAGCUGUUCUCCUGUAAGAGACUGAAGACUCUGCUUCUCGGGAACAACUGCCUGCCGUCUCUGAGCUCCAGAGUCUCCAACCUGGCUCAGCUGGUCCGGCUGGAGAUUAAAGGGAACCGCCUGGAGUCUCUCCCCGUGGAGAUCGGCGACUGUCCCCUGCUGACGGUCAGUGGACUGAUAGUGGAAGACAACCUGCUGGACCUGCUGCCCUCGGACGUACGAAGCAGGUUGAGUAACGCCUGAGAGCUGAGUCACUGCUCAGUGAGUGAUGGUGAUCGAUGGCGGUCUGACUCUGUGAGGAAACAGGAUGAACUUAUUUAUAAAAUCAUGAAACCUGUGUCAAUAUUUUUUAUGCAUUUUCUUAAAAAUUCCUUUUAUAAAUAAACAUUUUACAAAGUUUUCAUGGUGUCGAUUUCAAGUUUUCCCGUUGAUCGGGCGGUUUGACCUUCACCUGCGUUGUCUAGUAAAGAUUUCGUGGAUUCUCCCUCGGAGCACAAGUCAGAGGAUUUUGUGACUCUGCCGUUUCCUGUCGGACAGGUUUUUUUU